UCCGUCGCGACGCCCGCGUGCCAUCGUCGCCGUGUGUCUCGCUUGUGCUCCGUUUUCGCGAGUGUGCUGUAACAAGUAGACUUCGGAGCGAGAUUCUCGAUGAGAAGAAGGAUGUCGCCUAGAAAGCGCGCCGAUCGCCAAGACCGGCUGCUCGUCGGAGUAUCGGCGAACAGCGACGCGGAGCUGUGAAGAGGUGGUGAGCACGCGUGAGAGGAAGAGGAAGCGCGACGGUCCUUCCCGCCGCGAGAAGUGACAGUCCCCUCGACCGGCGGGCGAAUUCGGCGAAGAAAAAAGGAGAGACUGCACUCUCGUAGCGCUCAGGGCGCAAGCGUGCACGUGUGUUGUGCGUUUCUGUGCCGCUACCUGGGAGGAGUAGCGUGGUCGUCGUCCCUCCGCGGCUUCAUCCCUACCUCGCCGCCGUUGCCGACACCAUCCCUCCGACGCUCGUGUGUAGGAGCGCCGCGCGGCGAAACGACGACGACUACGUUGACUUCGCUACGUCACGCGUGACGUUGCACCCGGCAGCGUGUACACGCUCUUCCGCCCCACACGCACGCUCACGAGGCGCGCUGAAAGACACGCCGGAGGAGAAGGAGGGGAACAACAACGUGGUGGGAGCGACGAGGGGUGGAAAGAGGCGAAACUAGGACCGUAGGGGAGGAGGGCGACAACGGCGAGACGACGACGACGACGGAGGAGCGCCGACGGUGGAGGGGGUGGACAUCCACGCGGGAACACGAGGCAGGCGCACCCGGCCGGCACGCGCACACACAUCCUAAGAUGUGAUUUCAAAAAUGGCGGAUUGCCCCUAUGCCCGCUGCAUACAGGAACGCAGACACAUCCGACGGGAACUGCUGCGAUGGACAAAGAAUAUGGUCUUCGUAGUCGGUCUGGAACGGGUAGCGGAGGAGUUGAUGGGCCGUAGGAGAUGGAAGCAAUACCAGGACACCCUGUACAGCGGCACCCGCAGCAGCGAAUCAACGACGGCACAGCCCCACCAUCGGCUUUACCCGGCGUUGUCGUCGUCGCCCUGCAACCCGAUUGCCGGGAGCCUGGACCAAAUUGGGCCGCAUCAUCCGGCACCCUCGUCGUUGGUGGCGUCGACGGUGGCGUCGACGGUGCUGACGACCGCGACGACCACGACGACCACGGCGACGACUCUCGCGACGGUGAAGCAGGAGAGCCUGCAGAGGCAUCACCUGCAGAACCAUCAUCCGGAUCACCACCUGCAAGAAGAUCCGCGCCGUCUGAGGCCGGGCGAGAUCAAAGUCGAGGUCGCCGACGAGCCGACGGACGUCGCGGCGAGAACGGCGGAUGCGGCGACUACCAUCAGCACGUCCACCACGACGACCGGCACGACGAGACGGCGACGUGGAGGACGCCGGCAGAACGACGGGGAGGACGCCGACGGGGAGGAGGACGACGACGAGAACGACGAGGAGACGGGACGGGGGGGUCAGAACGAGGUGGAGAAACGGCUCAAGCUCGACGAGGACGCCGACAGGUCGGUCAGCCCUCUCAGGACGACGGAGAACGCGACUCGGGAUCAUCCGACUGCCAACGCUACCGACACGGAAGGGACCAAGGAACGAACGGAGGAAGUCGCGUUGGAGCGGGCACCGGUAACGCAGGGCUUGCUGAGGGUAAAGAAGGAGGAAGAGCUGCAGGAAAUACCGGGUUCAGGCGGCGGCACGACGAUACUGACGGCAACGGAAGGGACCAGGUCGGGGCUGUUAUGCCGCGAGGGGAACGCGCCGAGCGCCGCGGCGCCGUUCCUCCUUGGAAGCCGACGUACGAGCCCACCGCCGGAGGACUGGAAGCCGCUCGACAAGUGUUACUUCUGUCUCGACGGCAAGCUACCCCACGACGACCAGCCGCCCCUUAGUCCGCAGAGCGACAGUAGCAGCAGUUCGCGAUCGGCGGAGUCACCGAUGUCGGUCCAGGUGGACCCGAUGGCCGCGUCCGUGGUCGCCGCCGCUCUCAGCGGCACUUACCCCACCCUGCUGCCCCAGUGGUGUUUACCGCCGAGGGAGGCACCCCUCGUCGGGGUGCAGACCCAUCAGGACAGCGCCACGGCGGCCGACCAGCCGCUCGAUCUCUCGGCUAAGCCCAGAAAUUCUCAGGACAACAACAUAUCUCUGCUGGAGCAACAGAAAAUACCUCUGAGGAUGCCGGCAGGCAUCGAUCCCAAGAGUAUCCUCAAUUACUUUUCAACCUCAAGCGAUUGUAGUCGUACUGUCAAAGUCGAGGAAAGAUUAAAGGAUAUUUUGCAAGUGAAAAAAGUAACAAGCUCGUGUUACCGCGCGAAACCGCGAAUGACCGGACCGGUUGCGGCCGCGGCGGCGGCGGCGGCGGCGGCGGCGGCUGCGGCGGGCGUCGGUGGUGUUCCAGUGGUGGGUGCCGGGGGCGGCAGGAGGACCUACACCGAGGAAGAGUUGCAGGCCGCCCUCAGGGACAUCCAGAGCGGCAAGCUCGGCACGCGGAGGGCCGCGGUGAUCUAUGGGAUACCGCGUAGCACCCUGCGCAACAAGGUCUACAAGCUCGCGAUGGAGCGCGAAAGGGACGCGUCCCUGACUAGCACCCAUUCACACCCUCACGAGCCCGGCGCCCCAGCCACCACCACCAUCACCACCACCACCACCACCACCACCACCACCACUACUACUACUACUACUACUACUACUACUACUACAACACCACCAAAUACGACCCAAAACGCGACCACUCCGCCCCCGCAAGUGGACGAGUUUAACACACGGCAACUUGGUGUCCGCGAGGUUGCAAGACUCGAGGUGGACGAGAAAGAACUGUCCGGAGCGGAAGAGGAGAAGGAAGUCGAAAAGGCUCUGCUGAAGCCCCUGCUCUCGUUGGAGGAUCUCGUCAGGUUCUCCGCGCUCGAAGGAACCGGCGGCGAUUCCCUCAGGAACCUACUGCAACGGGGACACGAAACGGGGGCCGAGUGGCCGGGACUGGAACACGCGAACAUCGGCCCUUACAUCCAAAAAAUGCUAGCUGCCGCGGCACCGUUGGGCAUCGAGACGCAAAACUACCGCAUACCGGAGGUGGUGAGGAAGCUGAUGAGCGAGGACAAGAGGCUGAAUAAGAACGUGAACGGCGAUCAGUCGCAGUCGCACCACCAGCAGCACCACCAUCAGCAGCACCAUCACCUGGCCGCGCAGCAGCAGCAACAGCAGCGCACGCCGAUGACGAAUGACGACUUCAAUCCCAACAUCGAGGAGGAGGCGAGCGACAGCGCUCAGGGCAGAGCGAUACUGAAAAUUCCGUCCUACAAGCCCGCCAGCACGCCGGGCUGUUCCAGCAAGAACGGCGAGCCGACUUCCGCCGCGUUCGCUCAGGGCUUUGCGGCUGCCGCCUCGAGUCCGGGCCUCCUGGAGCGAGCCAGUCCAGCGUUCUCCGGCACCAGCAGCCCGACGAAUUCGCUGGUGGGCAAAGCGGUCAACUUCCGCGACGUCAUCGCCAAGAGCAUCAGCGUCAAGUUCCAAGAGGGUCAAACGUCCGGCUUGCCGGGCUGCCAAGCGGCGGCCGGUGUCGUCCAGCCGCAGAUGACGGACCCGAGUCCGUUCAAGAGGGGUCGCUACACACCACCGCAGCCGCAACAAGCGCCGUCGCAGCAGGCGAAGCAGCAGUCGCAGGAGGCGAACAAGCCGAAGCCGGGCACCGGCGGCAAGGGUACCAGGCCGAAGCGCGGCAAGUAUAGGAACUACGACAGGGACAGUCUCGUCGAGGCGGUGCGCGCGGUCCAGCGCGGCGAGAUGAGCGUGCAUCGUGCUGGCAGCUACUACGGAGUGCCGCACUCCACCCUCGAGUACAAAGUGAAGGAGCGGCAUCUCAUGAGGCCGCGAAAGAGGGACCAGAAGCAACCGGACGACAAGUCGAAGGAGACUGCGACGGCGGCGGCGGCGAUGCGGCCGGGCGCCAGCGUCGAGAAGAAGCCGCAGUUGAAGCCGCAGAAACCGUUCACGCCGCCGGGUGGCAUACCCGGCCCGAAUGGGCUGAAGAUGCCGCCGUUUAUGGAGGGUAUGCCCCACCUGCCGUUCGGGCCCUUCAACUUCUGGAACCCGACGCCGUUCAUGCAUUCUCCCUUCAUGGGUGGCGCGCCGAACGUGCCGAUCCUGUCGGAACAGUACUUCGCGUCGCAGCGAAUGCGCGGUCUGCAGGAGCAACAACGAAACGCGGCGAUGGUGCACCGAGACGGGAUCGCCGGAACGGCGGACGCGGCGGCGGGCACCUCGAAUUCUCGCGGCGCCGCGAUGGUGAAGACGCCGCGCGACAUGGUGGAGAGUAUCUACGACGGGCCCGGCGCGAACGGCAGUUUUCUCGACAAUCUGAUCAGGUCGAGCCUCGAGACGGGCAUUCCAAGGGACCAGCGGGCGAUCGCGGAGACGAGGAAUCAGCAGCAGCAGCAGCAGCAGCAGCAGCAGCAGUCGUCGUCGCAGCAGCAACACCCGGAGACGAUGAGCAGCAAGACGCUGAUCGACCAGCUCUGCAGGAACUCGAGGAGAACUCCGCUGCCGCGGAUGGCGCAGGACAGCAGCGAAGACGAGAGUUAUCGAGCGGCGGCGGCGGCGGCGUCGUCCUCGUCGUCGGGCAGAAUCGUGCCGGAAAGGCCGGAACGCGUGCCCACGGUCGACCUCAGUCCCUCGCCGUCGGAAAGAGGCGGCCGCACGGACGACGGCAGCGACCGGCUGACGUCGCCGCCGACACCCUUGUCGAUCUCCAGGGCGGGCAGCAGGGACGAAGACAGCACCCGCGACUCGAGGAUCGAUCGCAGCAGCAGGGAGCGCGAGGUUCACAACGGCGGUCAGGAGGAUCGGAAGCCUCUGAAUCUGCAGCAACAGUCGCCGCAGCAGCAAUCACAGCUGAACCACUACCCGGACUUACACAACCUCUACGCCGUAUCAACUGACAAAAAAAGUGCCUGUGAUAGUAAGCUUAUAGUAGAUCAUUCGAAGACUCAGCCGCAGCAACAACAAAAGGAAUACGCUGCCGUGAGCGGGCUGGUCGUGCAACUGCAGAGGGGCUACAACACCGCGAGCAACAGGUCCGGCGAGUCGACUAACAGCAGCCAGCAGCCGGCAGCGGAGCAGCGCGGCUCCGCGCUCAGCAUGGAGGACUCCGUAGAGCAGUAGACGAAAGUCAGUAUCAGUUAUCAGUAAAGUUAUGAGUACACACACACACACACACACACAAGGUGAAGAUUCCCGCUCAGAUCUCUCUUUUCACACCGAUCCCGUGCGCCUUCUCGCCGUUGAGCGAGCUUUCCCUUCGAUCGGCUUUUCUUCUCUCUCCGAUUCCCUCGGAGAGACGUCGGGGGUGCCACGAAGAAGGGAAUCCUCCGAUGCGACGAUACGAUGACUACCGAUUAUCCCACACACGAGCCUGCUCCCUCCAACCUCUCCGUGUUCCAAUCGGAAGAAACAAACCCUCGAACGUUGCCAGGUAAGUUGCCGGGGCAAGAACAGAAAAGAGAUGGCAUGCUAUUACGACGCUAAGCACAAUCGACCCAUUGCGAUUCCGCCAGUUAAGCGCAACCACCCGCCGUACGAACCAGCUGGCCGGCUAACCUGGCCGUGCAGGCGCGCGUCCAAGAGAUCCUUUCGACUAUGGCGAGAAGUAUAUUUCAGAGUAUACGAACGGAGAUGUAAACACGCAUUCGACAACACUUUUACGCUUUAGCAGAUGCACGAUUCUAAUCCACGACAUUCCACGAGACGCAUAAUGAUACAGUGACCGACACCCAUAACACACACAGGUACACAUACUUACGAGAGUAUACAAAAAUGGGGAACAUAUAACGAGAUACUUAGACGUCGCGCGCGUGCACGCGUCGCUAAACGCGCGUCGCGCGAGAGCUCUCCCUGCUUAAUAGAGCUGAAAGCGAGCUUCCGUCGAAGGUCGGCGCGUUGAAAAGGGACGUUCUCGCGGCCACGAGAACGCGCUCGGUCGCGGGCACGCGCGCGCGCGCGAAACGUUAGCCGCUCGAUGAUUAUUAUUACGAUUAUUAAUUACUGCUACCGAUCGGUGGACGACGACGAAAGGUCAAACGAUGGAACAAAAAUGCCGACGCGACAACGUAUUUUUUCCUCUCUAUGAGUGUAAAACUACCUAAUGCAACAAGAAAAAGAAAUCUUAUUAUCUACUAUUAAACACUACUCUUAACUCGUAAGGAGCGACAUAAUUAUAUAAGGAAUAAUAUAUUAUAUAUACAUAUAUUUUUGGUCAUUACGAACAUGUGCGAAGCGCGAACGAGCCAAGGCUUUUGUUGGCGCGCGUAGGUGACGUUUUUUCACGAGGCGACAAUAUUUCUAUAAUUCUCGGUUGUUGUUUCGGCGUUCUCGCGGAACGGGUCCCACGUUUUCGUCGGCGAGACAGGGCAACGCGGGAAAUAGCGGAGCGCGAUCUUCGUCGUUGGAUAUUGCCCACCGACCGUGCUUUUUCCGACGCGACCUUUGGUCCGUCCGAUUGCCAAUCGAUGCGAACCAAUGGGGGAAUGAGAUGAAUGCGUCCGUUUGUUUUUUCGCUCGUUCUUUUGUUUACAGACAGAAAAUUUGCGCAUCGCCGGACGGAAUCCAUCCGGAGAGCUGUUUAACAGCCUUUCGCACUUAACCUGACGGAAUCUUGUCGUUCCAUACGAGUUCAAUCAAAUGUUGCUACGACAACACCACGAUAUCUCUCUUUGGAGAAGUGUCUCAAAAAAAAAAAAGUCUAAUCGCAUAAUAUCUAUUUAAAAGAAGAGCCGAAUGAUGAAGUGUCUCUCGCAUACAGUCGAUUUCAUUUUCACGCACUUUCGUUUCCCACACGCGGAGUUUGACACCCGAGCUCUCUGCUUUUGCGAGCAAUCACGGCGACGAAGAUCGCGAUCUGCCGGCGCCGCGUUAUCGAAUUGGUCCAGACGGAACUAAGGAGACGCGAAAUCAGAACGUGGAGAGAUUAGAAGAAGAAAGAGGGGAGUUGCAACGCGCGCGCCCGCUCGAAAGCGGGGACGUUUUUUCUUAAGCGCGAGACUUUUUGAUACGAAUACAAAUUUUCUACCGCGUAAAAGGAAGAGACGCAGAGGCAACGCGUUUCUUCGGGAAAAGACUCAUUCGAGAACCUAAGAAUGUAUAUUUCUCUCUGUUUUUGGCUCCCGCGAGCGUACCCGACGCGCCGGCACGCAUGCCUCGAUCGUCCGUCGUUGGCUCGGAAUAACGACGAUACGAGUAUCGGACGGAUCGUCUCUCUCUCUCGUUCGGUUUUCCACGCGGGGUCGUGCACGUUUUUGUGUGCAUGCGAGAAAUUAUAAAAAGGAUGUGACACCCUCCGAGGGAAUGAGACAUUUUCACAGAGGAGUUUGGGAAAGUCCGGCAAAAUAACUCGAGUUAAUGUCGAGAGAGAUUUCAAAUUCGCACGAGUCCAAGACGCUUGUUUUUCUUUCUGAAUUUUAACUAUGCAUGGAAGAAACGACUCGGUCGAAAUUUACAGAUAAUUCGACUUUAAAUUCGUAGACAUUUUGCACACACUUAUAUUUUGUGGUGGCAUCGUUGGAGCGAGUCUUUCGUUUGUCUGACGUGCACGACCAUCGAGGAUUCUCGUCGCAAUUCUCGGUUAAAUUCCGUUUCGUAGACGAUCCGCGGAUUGCAAAAGGGACGUCAUUUCGUUAUUGUAGCAGACAGGACCAAGACGAAAGGCCGGAGCAGGAUGGAGGCCAGACGAACGCGAGAAAACGGCGACAAAUAGAAAAGUAAAAACGGUGCUGUAGUGCGAGCCAGGAUUUCCUAUUUUUCUCUCGCAUAGUCGAUCGUAAGCGACGUGAACAAAUAUAAAAAAAGAAAGAGGAGAGCAGCGCAGUAGGAAGAAACGAAAAAAGGAUGAUCCACACACGCACUCAUCUCAUGACUCUCUUUAAAAGUAACGACUGAAAGACUCUAGGCUGUAUAUAAAAUAUAAGGCAUGUAUGUUCGGUGUUUUAAAAAUGCAAAAAUUCCUUAUUAACGCAAAAAAAAAUUAUACCUACGAAAAAAGUAAACCAUAUAAGCAAGGCUACUCUCUCGGUGUUUUUUGGAACUAAACUUAAAAUUUACCCUAUUAAAAAAACCGUGAAUAAUGUAACUUUAAAGGAAGCGCGCGUAAACGCGGAAACAAGUUAUUGAGUGUAAACGUUAAGGUCUCCUUAGGGUUAAAAAGUAAAAAAAAAAUAAUAACAAGCUGAAAAACCAAGCGAAAUGCAAGCUAAUCAUGAUUGUGUGUAAACGUAAACUUAAACCUUCCUUCGCCCCGCUAAAUCACUUUUUAACUGUCCACCCUCUCUCUACUCCCCUUUAUUCCUCACGCAGACAAAAGGUAUACGAUAAAUCAGUGUGAUCUGAUCUACUCGAUGCCUCUUUUUCUAAACGUUCACAAAGGUAUUACGCGAAAAGGAGGGAAGUAUGUUUAUACACUUGUUCCGACCACUGAUUCACUCUUCCUCACAUCCCCAUACCCGCGAAUUCGCCUCACCGACACACCCAGAAAUUCAAGCCCGGAUACCCCUUACCGAAAGAUUUAUCGUUAGAUGUGAAAAAAAAUUAUAUUUAUCGUGCGGAUGAUAGUAAACGUGCGUAACACACACACACACACACACACACACACACACACACUAUGAUUGUCGUUAAUUCAAUUACGGUUACGAUGUUUCGUCGCGACGUUUGGUGCGGUCUAUAAUCGGCAUACAUCUCCAACGAUCCAUCGGGUUGCAAACGCGGCGUUGUUUCUUUCUUCGCGAGAGGAGGAGAACGAUACACCGGGGAGAGGUAGAUAGGAAGCGCGAAAUCAAACCUAGGACGAAUGAGAGGCAUCCGCGUCGUCGAAAAUAAUUCGCGGUUGCUACGGAUACGCGCGUAAUUGGAUCAAAUUCUGUAAGCUGCGACGGUCAACAAAUUAUUGCUGAUUUCCUUUCUAUAGAAUAUACCGCCUAAGUGACAUAGUCGCAAUUUCACGUGCGUCCGCCGGCGGAAGGAGAGAGAUCGCACACUGUGUAUAUCUGAUCAAAAUUCAGUGCGUAAGGUAACAAAAGAUAUUUCUCAGCGGAGAUAACUUCAAUCGAAAGAAGAGAAAAUGGAAUUUUUUCGAAAUUUUUCGAGAAUCAUAAAUAUUAAUGUUCAAAUAUUAAAUGGGCGUUUUUUCGACGACGCGAAGAUUUUCGAGGCUCGCCGGCAUAGGGACGAUUAGGUCGCGACAAUUAGCACGAUCGACGCGCCGACGGCGCAAUUAACGAGGCGUCCGCGUAAUGAUCUCCCAGCUGCUACGCCCCGGGAAGUUUCGUCCGCCGUUCAAGACUAUCCAGAGUUCGCGCAUACACACACACACACACACACACACCCCGUUCGUUUCUCUCGCGGCGAAGCCGAAAAGUGUUCUCACACUCGGCGCGAUUACUUACGAAACCGUGCGCGAUUCCGCGCGGCAAUCGCCGUCCGGACGAGCGAUCGAUGAGAGGCGCUCCCCUCCGCGACAACAGGGUGGGCGCGUCGGCCGAGGGAGAGACGUUUCUUCGAGCAACAUGCGGACGGGCUCCAGUGAGAGGAAAUCUGCUACGCGCGAUCGUCGGGAAAUGGGAGGCUAGGCAGGUGUACCGUUGCGAUUCUUGAAACACUGUCGAUUUUCGUUCUUUUCUUUCCGGGGGAGACAGCGGGACGGAGAGAAGCAGCUACUCGAAAUCGCAUUGUUGUUAUUGGGGUGAUCGAGCUUAAGGCCUCUUUUAUGCGCCACGACGAUGAUUUUCGAGCGCUGUCGACGUCUGAGGGAUGUUCGAUUUUCCCCGCGAACGCUUUCUCGGACGUCUGCGAGAAGUCGGAACGAAUCGCGCGCGAAUAAAAGAGUCCUUUCGAUCGUCGUGUACAUCCUACCUACCGUCUCUCCCUUCGUCGCGGGCGAUAACAAUCCGGCGAGUGACGGAUUGGUCGAAUAUAUACGGGGAGGAACAGAAAAAAAUCUUUAAGAAUUAAAAGAAGAUAUAUUAUAUUAAAAUAUCUGUGAUGUAAAAAGUAACAAAAUUUUGAUGUAUAUUUUUCACAAAUUAUUGUAACCAGCUAGUGUAUAUGUAAUAAGA